GCAGUCUCAGUUGCAGCCAUUGUAAUUGAUUGUUGUGCUUUUUUGCUGUGAGUGUGAAAAUAAAUCAACUUCUCUGCACAUCUCCUGCAUAAUUUCCACACCAAUUGGUCAACGGUGUGAAAUCUUCGCCGUACCAUGAGCUAUCAGCAGCACAAUCGAACGAUGUCGCAUAACCAAUACAAUCCGCCGGACUUGCCGAUGGCGUCAGCCAAAGAGCAGACGUUGAUGUGGCAGCAGAACUCGUACAUGGCCGAUUCUGGCAUCCACUCGGGUGCCGUGACGCAAGUCCCAUCGCUCAGUGGCAAGGAAGAUGACGAGAUGGAUGGGGAUCCGCUGAUGUUUGAUCUGGAUCAGGGUUUCACGCAGAACUUCACCCAAGAUCAGGUGGAUGACAUCAAUCAACAGUUGAGUCAGACGCGAUCACAACGGGUGCGAGCUGCCAUGUUUCCGGAAACUCUGGAGGAAGGCAUUGAGAUUCCAUCGACACAGUUUGAUCCGCAACAGCCGACGGCGGUACAGCGCUUGUCCGAACCAUCGCAGAUGUUGAAACACGCCGUGGUGAACUUGAUUAACUAUCAAGAUGACGCCGAUCUGGCCACCAGAGCCAUUCCGGAGUUGAUCAAGUUGCUCAACGAUGAGGAUCAGGUGGUGGUGAGUCAGGCGGCAAUGAUGGUACAUCAGUUGUCAAAGAAGGAAGCCUCCAGGCAUGCCAUCAUGAAUAGCCCGCAAAUGGUGGCGGCUCUCGUGCGUGCCAUUUCUAACAGCAACGACUUGGAGACAACUAAAGGCGCCGUGGGGACGCUGCACAAUUUGUCCCAUCAUCGCCAGGGUCUAUUGGCCAUAUUCAAGAGUGGUGGAAUUCCGGCACUGGUGAAAUUGCUCUCAUCCCCCGUUGAAUCUGUGCUCUUCUAUGCGAUUACGACACUCCACAAUUUGUUGCUGCAUCAGGACGGUUCCAAAAUGGCAGUGAGACUUGCAGGUGGACUGCAGAAGAUGGUAGCGCUCUUGCAGCGCAACAAUGUCAAAUUUUUGGCGAUCGUCACUGACUGUCUGCAAAUUUUGGCGUACGGUAAUCAAGAGAGCAAACUCAUCAUUCUGGCCUCCACGGGUCCCAUUGAAUUGGUGCGCAUUAUGCGCUCGUAUGAUUAUGAGAAGCUGUUGUGGACAACAUCACGCGUGCUCAAAGUGUUGUCCGUUUGCUCGAGCAAUAAGCCAGCAAUUGUUGAUGCUGGCGGAAUGCAGGCACUGGCGAUGCAUCUGGGCAAUCCGUCGCAGCGUCUCGUGCAGAACUGCCUCUGGACGCUGAGAAAUCUGUCGGAUGCCGCAACAAAGGUGGAUGGACUGGAUGGACUGCUGCAGUCACUGGUGCAGGUAUUGGCGUCCACAGAUGUGAAUGUGGUAACAUGCGCCGCUGGCAUCUUGUCCAAUUUGACGUGCAACAACCAGAGGAACAAGAUCACGGUGUGUCAAGUGGGCGGAGUGGACGCUUUGGUACGCACAAUCUUCAAUGCUGGUGACCGAGAGGAGAUCACAGAGCCGGCCGUUUGUGCUCUGCGUCAUCUCACAUCGCGCCAUGUGGAGAGCGAGGCGGCCCAGAAUGCUGUGCGCAUCAAUCAUGGGCUUCCUAUUAUUGUGAAGCUCCUUCAUCCGCCCAGUCGCUGGCCACUCAUCAAGGCGGUGAUCGGGCUGAUUAGGAAUCUCGCGCUCUGCUCAGCCAAUCAUGCUCCGCUGAGGGAGCACGGCGCCAUUCAUCACCUUGUUAGGCUUCUCAUGAGAGCCUUCCAGGAUACACAGAGGCAACGAAACUCAGUGGCCAGCACAGGGUCACAGCAGCCGGGCGCUUAUGCCGAUGGCGUCCGGAUGGAGGAGAUUGUAGAGGGAACUGUCGGGGCGCUGCACAUUCUCGCCAGAGAGUCCCAUAAUCGCGCCCUUAUUCGCCAACAGGCCGUCAUUCCCAUCUUUGUGCAACUCCUUUUCAACGAGAUUGAGAAUAUUCAGCGUGUUGCUGCUGGAGUUCUCUGCGAACUGGCAGCCGACAAGGAGGGUGCCGAGAUGAUAGAACAGGAGGGCGCCACAGCGCCCCUUACUGAGCUCCUUCAUUCGCGCAAUGAAGGUGUGGCCACAUAUGCGGCCGCUGUGCUCUUCCGCAUGAGUGAGGACAAGCCUCAAGACUACAAGAAGCGUCUCUCCAUGGAGCUGACAAAUUCGCUCCUGCGAGAUGAGAACAAUAUGUGGAACAAUGCCGAACUAGGCAUGGGACCGGAUUUGCAGGACAUGCUGGGUCCCGAUCAAGCCUAUGAAGGCCUCUAUGGACAGGGUCCUCCGAGUGUUCACAGUUCUCACGGUGGACGAGCUUAUCAGCAAGGCUACGACACUCUCCCGAUAGAUUCGAUGCAGGGACUGGAGAUUGGUGGCGGGAUUGGGCCUCCGGGCGCCAAUCCGACGUCGCCCUACUGCAUGGACAUGGACGUGGGUGAGAUGGGGGCGGGAGAGCUGUCCUUUGAGCACCUUGAAGCUAUGCCAUCGCCGCCACAGGCCGCCGACAACCAGGCCGCCGCCUGGUAUGACACGGAUCUGUGAAAAAGGUGCAAAAAUGUCCCAUCUUUCGACAAUUAUUUUAUUCCCUCGAUACAUUAUACACACAUUUACACAUUUUUUAUACAUCUUUUUUGUUAGACGAUAAGACGAGAGAUUUUUUAGCAAUUUCUCAUUUUAUAUUUUUCGAAACAACAAUGAUUGAGCAAUUGGAUAAAUGUCCGUAAUUGAAAGGGUAUUUUUUCGCUAUUUAAGUUUGAUGAGAAGAUUUUAUAGUGGGAGGUGAAGUUAUAUAAAAAAAAAAUAAUGGAAAAUAACAGGGUGAACUACAAGAGUAAAAGAAAUUUUUAAAAAUUGAAUUAAUACAUGAACAAUUAUAACUGACGAAUGAAUUUGUAGGCGAGAAGCAGUAAAUCCGCACUGAAUUCAUUUCAUUUAACUUUACAGAAUUACAGUAUUGCUCUACAAUGUAAGUGUUUGUAGGAUUAAGUACCUAAAUAUAAGUGGAAAAUAUAGCUGAAAAAAUACAUUGUAGACCCAUCAUGAAGUUUAAAUGUUGGUAUAGUGAAACUUUCAAUCUACUUACAAGAGAUGAAUUUCUACGGUAAGAUGAGAAAUGUAGCUGAGAGAAACAGGAUCUUUAGCAACUAAACUAUAAGGAUUGUUCACAUGUCGCCGUUGAGCGUCGAGCGUAAGAAUUUCCCAUUUUGGCCAAAUGAGCGCAAGGAUAAACUAAUAUAAUGUGAGUGUUUUUGGCACAUUUAAAGUAAAAUACAAAAGUAUGCAGACGAUGAAUUAGUUAAUGAAAUAGACGGAUAAUCUUUUUCUUUACAAAAAAAAAUACCCUAUUAAAUUAUUUCUAAGGACAUUUCUUAAGAGAUAGACUUUAGUUGGACGCGCAUGCGUGCACAAAUCAAACCAUCUUGUAAUGAUUCAGUGAGAAAAUUCUCGAUUUAAGCAGCACAAUUUUAAUAAAUAUUAUAUAAAGAGUAA